GGAGAAAAUAAAAUAGGUUAAAAAAUUCACGCGUGAAAGAAAGAAGAAGAGACUGGUGCUAAAAGUGUUUGGGUUACUCAUUCCCUCUCCUUUUCAAGUGCCAGACACUACUACCUCUCUGUUUAUUUAAUGGUCGGUGAAGAACCGUGAUUUGCUCAAAUCACCAAAAUAAGUACUCUCUUUCAAUCUCCAUCUUCCCGUUAUCUCCGCCACGUGUUUCUCUCUCUUUUUGUCUCCUUUCUUCUUCUUCUUCUUCUCCCCUAAUCUUAAUCUCAUAAACCAACAACAUCAGUAGAGUCAGUAGUACCCCCACACACACACACAGUGAGAGAAGCCCUUUUUCGAUUCUCCACUUUCUUUCUUCCGAAAGAUACGAUUUUUCGAUGUGGGUCAUUGUUGAUUUCUCUCUUCUUGGCUUAUGAGUUUCGAAUUCGAAAUCUGAAACUAAAAGCUUUUUGAAGCAAAUGUUACUGACACCUAAAAUGUUUAGUUCUUGGCUUCGAAAAGAUGUGAAGAAGAUUCUCAAACGCAAAGACAGUGAUGCUGGUGAACGAGGAAAAGCACUUGAGGACUUGAGAGCAUCGUUAUUCAACAGAUUCCGUUCACCGGAAACUCCAAAGAGACAGCAACAACAACAACAUCGUAUCUGUGGCCCUACUCUUGCUCUUACUUUCAAUUUCAUUGUUGCUAUUAGCAUUAUCUUCGUCAACAAAUGGGUGCUUAAAAAUAUAGGCUUUGAGUUUCCAGUGUUCCUCACAUUCAUUCACUACAUUGUAGCUUAUCUACUAAUGGCUCUUCUCAAAUCCUUUUCGCUCCUUCCUGCUUCACCGCCUUCCACGAAAUCAUCGUCUCUUCCGCUUUACACUCUUGGCAUUGUAAUGUCACUCUCUACAGGACUAGCUAAUGUUAGCCUUAAGUAUAACAGGUUUUUGAAAAUAUUCUCUAUCUCCUCUUGUUUUCUUAUAUUGCUUAGUCUCAUAUCAUUACUCACUUCGUUGUUUUUGUUUCCUAGUGUUGGAUUCUACCAGAUGGCGAAAAUCGCUGUUACGCCUUCUAUCGUGUUUGCAGAGUUUUUGUGGUAUAGAAAGAGAGUUUCUUUCAUGAAGGUGGUUGCACUUACAGUUGUAUCUGUGGGAGUUGCGGUUGCGACUGUAACAGAUUUACAGUUUAGUCUUUUUGGUGCUUGUGUAGCAUUCGCAUGGAUCAUACCGAGCGCAACUAACAAAAUCUUGUGGUCCAAUAUGCAACAACGAGAAAACUGGACUGCUUUAGCGUUGAUGUGGAAAACGACGCCAAUUACUCUGUUGUUUCUUGUAUCGAUGAUUCCGUUCUUGGAUCCGCCAGGUGCUCUAUCUUUCAAUUGGAGUUAUGCCAACACAUCUGCCAUUCUUGUUUCCGCUCUUCUUGGAUUCUUUCUUCAAUGGUCAGGAGCCUUAGCUCUCGGAGCAACUUCUGCAAUAACACAUGUAGUGCUCGGACAAUUCAAGACCUGUGUUCUCCUUCUUGGAAACUACUACAUUUUUGGGUCGAAUAGUGGUUUGAUUAGCGUUUGCGGUGCGUUUGUGGCGAUUAUGGGGACUUCGUUAUAUACUUACCUUAACACGAGAGGUCCAUCUCUUAAAGCUUCGUCUUCUUCUUCCGCUCUCUCAGACAAGAAGUCAAGAUUCAGUGAUCUUAAGGAUGAUGACAAGAAUCUUGAACCUUACGGCUCCGAAGCUGUCUAGUCUAGUCUAACUUUGUAGUAUAGUUUUGAUUAAUUAUUCCACAUUACAUUUUUGAUUCUAAUUUCAACUUUUUGUUUUUGUCAAAUUCUUGUUUCUAGUUUUCUAAUUUCACCCCUGAAAAUAAACCAACUUUUUGAUUCA